CAUAUACAUUAACAAAAGAGAGAGAGAGAAAAGGGUCAUAGGAGAAAAGAAGAGGUUCGGUUUCCAGUGCAGAGAGGGUGAUUAUUUGGCUGCAUAUAUAUAUGGGAUUCCUUUUGAGUAAAACGGAAUCUUGCAUAAGCAUACCCCAAAAGAUAUUGAAUACAAUGAGGUCUCCAUUAAAAAGUGGAAAUAUAAUAGUACAUAAAGAAGCAAUGAAGACCACAAUAGCAUUUUUUGUUGGAUGUGUUUUUGGCUUAUUUAUAGGACUAUCAUUAACAAAGUUGAAUCUAUCAUCAAACUUGUCCAAUGAGCAUCACAAACUCAAUGAGAGCACAAAGAUUUGGGUGCCUACAAAUCCUCGAGGAGCUGAAAGGUUGCCCCCUAAAAUUGUCGAAUCUCAAUCCGAUUUCUAUCUUCGUCGAUUAUGGGGUCUACCACAUCAGGACCUAAGAAUAAAACCAAAGUAUCUUGUAUCUUUUACCGUUGGUUAUGACCAGAGAGACAACAUUGAUGCUGCCAUAAAAAAGUUUUCUGAGAACUUCACAAUUGUGUUAUUCCAUUAUGAUGAUCGUAUUAGUGAGUGGAAUCAGUUUGAGUGGUCCAAGAAAGCGAUUCAUAUCGCUGCUAGCAAACAAACUAAAUGGUGGUAUGCCAAACGGUUUCUACAUCCUGAUAUUGUGGCUUCCUAUGAUUACGUCUUUAUUUGGGACGAGGAUCUAGGGUUGGAGCAUUUCGAUGCAGAGGAGUACUUGAAAAUAGUAAAGAAACGUGGUUUGGAGAUCUCGCAGCCUGGUGUAGACCUAAGUAGUGAUUUUACAUGGCAAAUGACAAGGAAAAAGGAUGGUGUAGAAGUCCAUAAGGAAGCUGAGGAGAAAGAUGGUUGGUGUUCUAAUCCACCUGUGCCACCUUGUGCUGCAUUUGUUGAGAUCAUGGCUCCUGUAUUUUCUAGAGAUGCAUGGCGUUGCGUAUGGCAUAUGAUACAGAAUGACCUAGUUCAUGGAUGGGGUCUUGAUUUUGCUCUCAGAAAAUGUGUGGAGCAUGCUCAUGAUGAAAUAGGAGUUGUUGAUACUCAAUGGAUUAUCCACAAAAGUAUUCCCUCACUUAACAACCAGGGAAAAGCGGAGAAUGGAAGAACACCGGGGGAAGGGGUGAGAGAGAGGUGUCACAAUGAAUGGAAAAUGUUCAAAGAGCGUAUGGCUAAUGCAGAAGCAGCACAGGCACAGGGUCAUAAUUCUACGAAUUGAUAGUUAGGGUUCAUUAUGCAAAGGAAAAUUUGAAAUAUACUUACAAUCGCACCACUGGCAUGUCUUUCUUUCCCAAAUACAUAAACAUUAUAAGUCUAUACAAAUUUAUAGAAUUUUAAAGCACAAAUGAUAUUCCAUCACGCCAUUAUAUUUUAAUGUAUCAUAUGUUAUUGAGAAGACACUUUUUAAAAUGUGUGACUUUGGUCAACAGAGGUGUCUCUGAAUUUGUUAGGCACAAUGAUACAAAAGUAGACACGUUUGAUAGGGGGAGUUAAGUAUUAAUGUUGAGUUAAGUAUUUCAUAUUGUUGUAAGUUGAAUAAGGGAUGUGGGUUUUUGCGAGGUUUUGUUGUAAGUGAUGAGGCAAAGUUCAUAUUGUUAGGCAUUAGGAAAUAUUACUUAGAAUAUUUUUGGUAUAACUUUUAAGAAUGUUUGGUUUUGUCGGGACUACAUUAAAAGGUUGGGAACCUAUAGAACCCAAUGAGUGAAUGAUUGU